AUGAGGCUUCAGGAAGUCCUCUUGAGGAAAGUGUUGUCUCAGCUGAGAUCUAAAGGACGAGCUGGCCAGGCACAGAGGCCAGGAAGAUGCAAGCGUGCUUCAGGUGGAGGGACACAUGUGCCAAGGCCUAGAGCCCUGAAAAAGCCAGACACGUUUGAAGAACUGAACAGUAUUCAGCACGGCUGGAGCACAGAAAAUGAAAUGACUGAUUCUGAAAGUGGUGGCCCUGUACAAGAGGAGAGCGAAGGAAGCAACAUCAGCCAAAACCUUGGAAGAGCAGAGAGACCUGGCACAGACUGUCCAGGGAUGGAGCAGCAACCAUCCAGUGCCCAGAACUGGCAAGCAGCCUCAGCUAACUGGCUAUGA